ACCUAUUGGCUGUGGCGUCGCCGGCUGGGCGUGGCUACGGGAGCCGGGCGGGCACAUUUCGAAUCGCCUCUGGGGCGGCGGCGCGGCGGCGGCUGCGGCACCCGGGAAGGAUGCAUUCGGCAGACGCGGCUGCGGGGACGGCCCGGCAGCCCUCCAAACGGAGGGUCCCUGUGUCCCAGCCAGGCAUGGGUGACCCCCACCAGCUUUUUGACGACACGAGCUCGGCCCAGAGCCGGGGCUAUGGGGCCCAGCGGGCGGCUGGUGGCCUGGGCUACCCUGCAGCUGCCGCCUCGCCCCAGGCGACCUUCCUGGAUGACCCCAUGUCCAACGUGGCCAUGGCCUACGGGAGCAGCCUGGCCGCGCACGGCAAGGAGCUGGUGGAUAAGAACAUCAACCGCUUCAUCCCCGUCACCAAGCUCAAGUACUACUUUGCAGUGGACACCAUGUACGUGGGCAGGAAGUUGGGUCUGCUCUUCUUCCCCUACUUACACCAGGACUGGGAAGUACAGUACCAGCAGGACACCCCGGUGGCCCCCCGCUUUGACAUCAACGCUCCUGACCUCUACAUUCCAGCGAUGGCCUUCAUCACCUACGUCCUGGUGGCCGGCCUGGCACUGGGGACCCAGGAUCGGUUCUCGCCGGAUAUCCUGGGGCUUCAGGCAAGCUCAGCCUUGGCCUGGCUGACGCUGGAGGUGGUGGCCAUCCUGCUCAGUCUCUACCUGGUCACUGUCAACACCGACCUCACCACCAUUGACCUGGUGGCCUUCCUGGGCUACAAAUACGUCGGGAUGAUCGGCGGGGUGCUCAUGGGCCUGCUCUUCGGGAAGAUUGGCUACUACCUGGUGCUAGGCUGGUGCUGCGUGUCCAUCUUCGUGUUUAUGAUCCGGACGCUGCGCCUGAAGAUCCUGGCCGAGGCGGCGGCGGAGGGCGUGCCGGUGCGCGGGGCGCGGAACCAGCUGCGCAUGUACCUGACCAUGGCGGUGGCGGCGGCGCAGCCCCUGCUCAUGUACUGGCUCACCUUCCACCUGGUGCGCUGAGCGCGCCCGGGCCGCUCCCCCCAACCAAUAAAGCGCGGCGGACACGCA